CCUCUUUGGAAGGUCCGCGAAGAUGCUGGAAAGUCUUGCGACCAAAUACUGGACCACGGCCAGAGCAGAUAGAAGGCGUUAAUAGAAAACGAGAACACUCGGAAAAGUACUCGAAGAAUCCUUCGGUUCUCGAGAAAUCACUCGAAGAAUCCUCAACAAAUCUAUAAGUCCGAGAGCCCAUUUUCGUGCUUUUAAAACUUGUAAGAAUUCCUGAGUGAUUUUUGUAAUCUUUCUCAACUCAAUUUUAGUCGAUUGCUCUGCUUCCGUACGUAAGUGUCAAAGAAAACAAGUGAAGAUGUCGUUGGUUCCAAGUUCAUUUUGUGGCAGACGAAGCAAUGUCUUCGAUCCAUUCUCGCUCGAAAUAUGGGAUCCCUUUAAGAAUUUUCCACUCGCUUCUUCUUCUCUAUCAGGAUCUCAGUUUGCGAGGGAGAAUUCUGCUUUCGUCAAUUCUCGCGUGGAUUGGAAGGAGACACCAGAAGCCCAUGUGUUCAAGGCGGAUCUCCCUGGGCUCAAGAAGGAGGAAGUGAAUGUUGAAGUUGAAGACGACAGAGUGCUUCAGAUAAGCGGUGAGAGGAAUGUGGAGAAGGAAGACAAGACCGACACCUGGCACAGGGUGGAGCGCAGCAGUGGCAAGUUCUUGAGGAGAUUCAGGCUGCCUGAGAACGCAAAGAUGGAUGAGAUUAAGGCUGCCAUGGAAAAUGGGGUUCUCACUGUUACCGUUCCCAAAGUGGAAGUGAAGAAACCAGUUGUCAAGGCAAUUGAAAUUUCCGGUUGAAUGUUUAAACUAAGCUUUUUUCGUUGUUUUUUUCUAUUAAUUAAACCUUGUAAAAUAAAAUAUAGAAGUGGGAACUGGGAAGUGAAUGAACGUGUGUCGUUGUGUUUUGGAAACCAUGUAUUUGUGUAUGAAGCGUUCAAGAAAAUGUUGCUCUAAAUAAUUUUUAAACGAUU